AUGGGAGUUAGUGGAGCUGGAAAGACAACAUUGAUGGAUGCUUUAGCUGGAAGAAAGACAUGCGGUUACAUUCAAGGAGAUAUUAGAAUCUCUGGCUUCCCCAAGAAUCAACAAACCUUUGCGAGAAUUUCUGGUUACUGUGAACAAACCGAUAUCCAUUCGCCUCAAGUUACUGUCAAAGAAUCCGUUAUUUACUCGGCUUUCCUUCGACUACCUAGAGAAGUAAACAAUGACGAAAAAAUGAAAUUUGUGGAUGAAGUAAUGAAUUUGGUGGAGCUAGAUAAUCUCAGAGAUGCAAUAACUUCUAGUCCAAAAGAAACUGCAGAGACUUUUUCCCUCCAAAAAUGA